UGGCCACCAGUUCGCCUCACAAAAGGGGGGAACAGGAAACCGUAUCCUGGAGUAGUGUUUGGGGUUCAGAGCCGGGGGCCGGGCUAGAACGCAGGUGUGGCUAAGAAGUGGGCCAGGGGGUUUAUUUAGCGCCCCCUGUUUGGGGAGGAGGGAAUGGUCACCCUUGCUCAGGGCCAGGCACGGUUCUAAGAACUUCACCCAUAGUAACCCCCUGUUGUUCACAACCCGUAGGGUCUGCGUUCCAAGGAUCUCCCUUUCUAGCUGAGGCACAGAGAGGCCAAAGUAGCUUGCCAGGCCACACAGCGAGAGCAUAACUGAGCUGGCCCAGGCCCAGGCCGUGGGCUCCUAAGCCUCGGCGGCGAGCUCCUCCCCUGUACCGCACCCGUCUUUUGUGAUGCCGUAGAUCAGAAGCGGAGGAAUGGGCCCUGCCGGCCUGCUCAGCAACCCAGAGCUGAAGCUCAAAGUCCUUGUGUUAGUACCACACCAAGCCUCGCCUGUUUGCCCAGGCCCCCCACGCCCCGGGCAGCUCAACUUGUUGGAUGAGACACUGGCCGUCGCGGCUUCAUUUCCUGAGGGUUGUCAGAAAGGCCGGAUGAGGAGAUGAGCACAAGCUUCCCGAGGCCCAGACGCCCCCGUCUCCGCAGCUCCAUGGGUGCCUGUGUGCUCCUCCCGGGCCUCCUCCUCCUGCUGCUGCCCCCCCCCGCCCCAGCCCCCUGCCACACGGCCGCCCGCUCCGAGUGCCGCCGCAACCGUCCGUUUGUGCCCGGCUCAAUGCUGGCUGGGGAGGGCGUGGACGUGACCAGCCUCAGGCGCUCGGGCUCCUUCCCGGUGGACACCGAGAGCUUCCUGCGGCCCGACGGCACCUGCACUCUCUGCCACAACGUCCUGAAGGGGGGCGCCCUUCAGCGCCUCCCUCUGGCACUGACUGACUGGCGCGCCCAGGGCUCAGGCUGCCAGCGCCAAGUGGUCAGGGCCAAGGCCAGUUCCACCGAGGGCGUGGCCAGGGAAGCAGCCAGCAACAUCCGCAACGACUGGAGGGUGGGGCUGGACGUGUCUCCCAAACCCAGCGCCAACGUGCAUGUGACCGUGGCUGGCUCGCACUCCCACAUGGCCAACUUCGCGGCCCAGAAGACCUUCCACGACCAGUACAGCUUCAGCACUGACUUGGUGGAAUGUCGCUUCUACAGCUCUCACCUGGUACACUCUCCCCCACUCCACCCCAAUUUCCAGAGGGUCGUCAGAGACCUGCCCCCCGACUUCAACACCUCCACCGAGGCCGACUACCUCCGGCUCAUCUCCAACUACGGCACCCACUUCAUCCGGUCCAUGGAGCUGGGCGGCCGGAUCUCGGCCCUCACCGCCCUGCGCACCUGUGAGCUGGCCCUGGACGGGCUCGGGGCCAAAGAGGUGGAGGACUGCCUGGCCGUCGAGGCCCAGGUCAGCAUAAGUGGCCGUGCCAGCUCUUCAUCGGAAUUCAAGGCCUGCGAGGAGAAGAAGAAGCACCACAAGAUAACCACCUCCUUCCACCAGGCCUAUCGGGAGCGCUUUUCCGAAAUAGUUGGUGGCCACCACACCUCCGUAAGUGACCUGCUGUUUGGGGACCAGGCCGGGCCCGAGCAGUUCUCCGCCUGGGUGGCCUCGCUGCUGGACAGACCCAGCGUGGUGGACUACACCCUGGAGCCUCUGCAUGUGCUCCUGGAGAGCCAGGACCCGCGGCGGGAGGCCCUGCGACAGGCCGUGAGCAAGUACGUGAUGGACAGGGCCCGCUGGAAGGACUGUAGCAGGCCUUGCCCCCUGGGGCAGAAGAAGAGCCCCCACAACCCAUGCCAGUGUGUCUGCCACAGCUCAGCGGUCACCAACCAGGACUGCUGUCCCCGGCAGAGGGGCCUGGCCCACUUGGAGGUCAUGAACUUCCAGGCGUCAGGCCUGUGGGGAGACUCUUUCACUAGGACGGACGCCUACCUGAAGGUCUUCUUUGGAGGCCAGGAGCUGAGAGUGAGCACAGUGUGGAACGAUAACAACCCCAAGUGGAUGACGCGGCUGGACUUCGGGGACGUGAUCCUGUCCACGGGGGGGCCCCUGAGGGUGCAGGUCUGGGACCAAGACCACGGCUGGGACGAUGACCUCCUCGGCACCUGUGACCAGAACCCACAGUCUGGCUUGCACGAGGUGAAGUGUGGCCUGUCCCACGGUCGCCUGAGAUUCUCCUACCAUGCCAAGUGCUUGCCUCACCUGAAGGGGGCCACCUGCCUGGAGUACGCCCCCCACGGUCUUCUGGGGGAGCUUCCCGGAAACCGGAGUGGGCCGGUGUGGUGAGAAGAGCCAGCCUUGAGAGGACACGUGGGCCUGGCCUGAAGGGGUUCUCACAGAGGGAGCCAGGACCGAUGUUCAUAUACCCAUUAGAUGGAAAACUGAGGCUUACUCCCCCCCCCCCCCCGCUCCCCCCCAGUGAAGUGGCUGAAUUCACAGGCCAGCCCUGAGACUGCUGUCCAAACUGCCUUAGCCUCCUGAUUUUCUCGAGCCCUGGAAAUGAGCCGGGGCCAGGCCACCGCUUAGGCCAAGAGCUGGCUAGGAGACUCUUCCUCCCAGGCUACGUGGUAUCAUUGCACGGCUUCCUUGCGCAGCCCUUGCUGGCGGCCGAGUCCUUCAUCGAGUCGGGUCUGACCCUGCCCGCCCCAGCUGCUCUCCUUGGUCUGUCAUCUUUACGCACCAAACUUUGCCCCUCCGGCAAAUCAAGGGCCAUCUGGACCUGCCUUAUGCGCGCACAGCCUGAAAGAGGACUAAGAAACGACGUGACUGACGUUGACCACGACGGUGACGGUUGUGGCAGAGGGGAGGAUGGGGCCCGAACGUGGCCCUGGAGACCAACUUCCACAUCAGCAAUCCGCUAGGACAGGCGGCUCGCCCUGGGGCAGGUUUCCACUUUGGUUGGAAAUGGGGGGGGGAUCCCCAAAGAGUUUGCUUCCCUCAUAACUCUUAAUUCAAGAAACAGCAGCACAAGCUCAGUGAUCAGAGGCAACAGACACUCAGGUCCCGGCCGGGAGGCAUCAGGAAAUGGCGAGGACCAGGUUGAGCUGAACAGCAAAUGCUUUAUCUAGAGGGGGCCAGAGGCUGUGUGCCCGCCAAGCAUCCCUGUGCAGGAACAUGAGUCCGGGGCUGGCAGGUCCUCCAGUUUCUGAAAGCAACCAGAAACCCCAACUUCACUUCUUUGAUUGUUGGCAAUGCAUCUCCCUUUGUAAAAAGAAACCCAGGGGCGCCCGCGUGGCUCAGUCGGUUGAGCGUCCGACUUCGGCUCAGGUCAUGAUCUCGCGGUCCGUGAGUUCGGGCCCCGCGUCGGGCUCUGCGCAGACAGCUAGGAGCCUGGAGCCUGCUUCGGGUUCUGUGUCUCCCUCUCUCUCUGCUCCUCUCCCCGCUCAUGCUCUGUCUCUCUCUCUCUCUCUGUCUCCUUCAAAAAUAAAGAAGCAAUAAAAAUAAAAAUAAACCUACAGGGCCAAACAUGGCCCAAGCCAAAGAGAACGUGUGUGCGGGCCAUGAUUGACCCAGAGCCGUCGGUUUGAAAACUGUAAUUUCAACAGAACCCAUUUGAAAGGCGGAGGGCUCUCUCUCGCCUGUCGCACAGUUCGAGGGGAGAAGGCGGUGGUUCCAACAAGGUGGUGGCCGAGGCUUCCUGGCCUUGGCGUCUGGUAAGCCCCAGAGUCUCCGGUUGCACCGUCGAAUGAAGUGAUCUUUGUUUCGGGCGCCUGGGACACAGGCCUUAUAGAACACGGGCCCUCGGGGGUGGGUGGCAAGAUCCCUGCCUCCCAGAAUUAGCAGGAUUUGGCUGUGCGGGGCGGCCGUCAGAGGGGCUCAGAUUUGCUGGCACGGCCUCCUGACUGUCUUUGAAACUCCCUACAAAUGAAGCCCUUUGAGGUUUGGGUGGACCUGUACUCUCAAAAGCUCAGCAGUGAUAUCACUCUCACCCUGGAUCCCCGAGUAGGGCAGGAGGGACUGGCUGGCUCUGAAAGCCUGGUGGAAGCCAACAUUUUUACACCUUUCCGUUCACAGCCACACACACAAACAAGAGCACCAGAAAAACCUUGAAACGUCAUGCUGGCUGCUGCACUAAUUGAAAAUAAACACGGGUGUGGGCCGUACCCCUUGGGG